UAAGCUCCGUGCUUCUUUCUUCGUCGACCUCUGAAAUCGAAAUCGAAAUCGCCAAUCCCGAGAAAGCUCUCACCUACAAAGACAAAAACGGCGGCGGAAUGCGUGUCCGACCGUAGUUGUCACUCCAAGGACAGAUUUUUCGGGGGAACUGAUAUUUAUGUGCAUCCCUCCAUAAACGCCCACCAAAGAUAUGAGCUUUCAGCUUCAGAUUUUUUUUUUCGUUUCUGGGAUUUUUAGAUUAGAGUAGAUUAGAUUUUGGGAAUUGAAAAAGAAAUCGAACCGUUUUUGCUUUUCAGAUUUUAAUUUUCUGGGUUUUUUGAAAGGCCCAUGUCUUUAGAUCCGAAUUCAACGUUGGAUUCCGUUUGCUUCACAUUUCUCUCUCUAAACCUCUCCCAAAAGAUUUACAAAUUCAGAUUCAAACUCAAGGAUUAGCCCGAAAACAAAUACUGGGUUUUGAGUAUCUCGGUUUAGAAAGUCGUAUUUCGGAUUCGGGUUUUGGGAUUUCGGGUAUUUUGUGUUUCGGGAUGGGUGCUAGUUUAUCGGGUGGCGUUUCGGAUGGGGAGGGUUUAGUGCAGCCAAGGCUUGGGGAUAUACCGGAGAGCUGUGCGGCAUUGAUUUUGAUGCAGAUGGACCCGCCGGAGAUUUGUAAGUUGGCCCGGUUGAACAGGGCGUUUCGGGGUGCUUCCUUGGCCGAUUUCAUCUGGGAAUCCAAGUUGCCGCCGAAUUAUCGGUUUAUUGUAGACAGGGUGUUCGAUGAAAGUAGUAAGAGGAAGAUUUCAGGGAAGAGGGAUACCUAUGCCAGGCUUUGCAGGUCUAAUUCCUUUGAUGAUGGCACAAAGGUGAUUUGGCUUGAUAAGCACAAGGGUGGUAUUUGUUUGUCGAUUUCUUCGAAGGCGUUAUCGAUUACUGGGAUAGAUGAUAGGAGGAACGAGCAAGAGCUUCAAAAUUGUCAUCUUUGCCCGAAAUUUGCAAGCUGUCUAGUUGAUAUAUUCCAGACAGUUGCCUAUCUCCAACAAAUCUGGUGGUUUGAAAUCAAUGGGGAGUUUGAGUUUCAAUUUCCGUUAGGGAAAUAUGGCCUCUUCUUUAGGCUCCACCUUGGCAGAUCUUUGAAGAGGCUAGGUCGCCGCGUCUGCAACUCCGAGCAUGUUCAUGGCUGGGACAUAAAACCAGUGAGGUUUGAGCUAUCAACUUCUAAUGGUCACCGUGCUGUAUCCCAAUGUUACUUGGACAAUCCUGGAAACUGGAUCAAUUACCAUGUGGGAGAUUUUGUUGUUGACAAUCCUCAUGAUUUGAUCAAGAUCAAGUACUCGAUGACUCAGAUCGAUUGCACUCACACUAAAGGCGGUGUCUGCGUGGAUUCGGUGUUGAUAUACCCUAGUAGUGUAGCGAAAGAGCCUUAGCUCAUUUUUCGUUGGCAGGCAGAGCUGCAAAUUACAAGUUGUAGCAAGUGUGCAGCCCCUUGGAUGUGAGGCAGCCUUGAGAACAAGAAGAGAUUGAAAAUUAGUCGUUGCGUUUAGGGGCAUAUCAUGUCGUUUAGAAGUGAAAUGUUUAUAUGUAAAUCUUCUGUUUGCAGUGUUGUUUUGCAGAGAAUGCUUCAUGUACAGUGAGUUGUUACCAGGUGUUUUUAAUUUGACGAAGAGUUUUCAUCUUGUUUUU